UUUAAAAAUUGCUUAUGCACAGACUAUCUUAAGGGAUAAAACAUUUUGCACAUUCAUUGUGUAUAACCUCCCACUCAAUAGAACAUACAUAUAUCCAUUUAAAACUUUAUAUUAUAUUCGAUGUAGUAGAUCUCUUGUGCGUCUGGGUCUUUUGAUGCAGCACAUGGAAUUUGUCCUUCAGUGUGAAUUGCUCAAUAUAGCAAAAGUCCAAAUAAGCUGGUGAGAAUCGUGGGCAGGAACAUCCCAUACUCAUGUGGCACAAUGUUUGACAGUUCAUGUGGGUUUGCUUUGAUCCAUAUUGCAUGCGUUCUAUGGAGUAUUAUUUAUAUAGAAGAACUGGACGUUGGGAAGACACACCAUGGGGAAGCCAAAAAUUAAUGUUGCAAUGGGAAUCCCAUUCAUCAGCCAAUGAGAAGGCAUACUUUUAGAAAAUUGAUCGGCUAAAAAUAUGAUUAUGUGAUUACUUAAGUAGGAAUACUCCUUUUAUUACUUUGUAUUAUUUUACCUCUGAAUUGAAAUACACAAUAUCUCGAUAUGCUCAAUUCCAAUACUCCAUAAAUUACCUCUUUAGCCAUUAAAUAUUUUUUUUCGAUGGCCUCUCCACCUACUACCGCCGCAGACGUCCAUCAUUACAAACGAUGUUCCGGUCUCGCCGCUUUCUUCUUCGUGGGUACCGCCUAUUUUUACUUGGACUCCGACGCCACCAACGAUGCAGCCGCCUAUGCCGCCGCUGUUUCCAGCCGACUCGCACGCCGAGUCAAGUGCUGCCGGUGCUGCUCGAGCCAGAUUCGCCGGUCCCACACUAUCCGGCAGUCCCGGGUUGUUCAUGCCACAACCGACUGGGCAUAUUGGGCAUCGCCCGGUAGAUAAUUCUCUUCCUGUUUCUUAUGCUACUUUGGCUCAAGGUAUGACUUUUGGAGCCUCAAUUACACAAAUUGUGACCUCCAAAUUGCUAAAAGUCGAAGAUUAUCUGCCCUGGCGAACCCAAUUUGAGUCUUUUCUGGUGGCCAACGGUCUUUUGGGCAUUCUUGAUGGGUCUCUGCCACCUCCGCCUCUGUAUAUCUAUGAUUUAUAUCAGGCUCAAUCUAUUAAUCCUGAAUAUCAUCAUUGGUUGAAAUUGGACCAAACUGUGCGUGCUUGGUUAUUUGCUACCCUAUCCCGUGAAAUUUUGAUGGAGGUUCAUACCUUGUAAAAUUCUUUUGCUAUUUGGGAACGAUUGGAGUCUCGAUUCAUGGCUGCCAGUCUUGCUCGCGCCAUGGAGUUGAAGCAGAUGUUGUCUCACACCAAAAAGAAGGAGAAUCAAUCCAUGGAGGAGUACGUUCGUGGAAUUCAAACUCUUGCUGAUAAUUUGGCCUCCAUCAACUCGCCGGUCUCCAAUGCCGAUCUCAUUCAAUACACUCUUUUAGGAUUGGGACCAGGAUAUGAAUCACUGGUUGGACCCUUGACCUUGUUUCCUGAAGGGCUCACUUUUGACAAAUUGGGUACCAAAUUGGUUCAUCAAGAGGCACGUCUACGCUACCAACAGUCCCUGGAACCGAUGGCUAAUACUCCGGCUUUCGCUGCACCUUCCUCGGCAGGGGGUGGACGUGCCGGCUCUUCCUCCAGCGAUCCACAGCAGCAACAGCCCGCUCGAGGAGGACAUGGCGGUCGACGCGGAAACCGAGGCCGUGGUCGUGGCCGUGGCCGCGGCAGGUACCAGCAGCAGCAGUCCGGGUACGGCCAGCCUCCGGCCUACUACGGUCAGGCUCCGCCACAUCCACAGCAGUCAUUAUCCGGCCGAACGCCUCCUCCGCCAAAUCAUUGGGGUCCUGGAUCUUCAUCUUUUGAGAAUAAUUUUGCUUCAGUUCCUCCACCUGUCGUUUGUCAAAUUUGUCACUCUCCAGGCCACUCAGCUGUUUCAUGUCCAUCUCGCUUUGUUCAAACUCCGACUCCUGCACUUGCUGUCUCCACGGGUGAAUCCACUCCAGCUGUUUGGUAUCCUGACUCAGGUGCUUCCGCUCAUAUGACCCCAAAUGAAGGACACAAUUUCGGGGAAGGUGCUCCUCCAAGCUUCCAGUAAUGGUGGCGUUUAUCCUAUUUCUAUCACUCAGCCAUCCUCAGUUGCUCUUAGUUCUCAAGCUGCUCCCGGGCCUAUUUGGCAUCGUCGUUUGGGCCAUUGUGGAAGUCGCAUUUUAGAUAGAUUAAAAAAAAUCUGGCAGUGUUCUUAGUACUUCUAAUUUUUCUCAUAAUUGUAUUUCUUGUCGGUUAGGAAAAUCACAACGAUUACCGUUUCAAGAAGUGUGGCAUAAAUCUACUACUCCUUUGUUUUUAAUUCAUUCUGAUGUUUGGCAGUCUCAUGUUCUUUCUUCAAGUGGCUUCAAAUAUUAUGUUUUAUUUAUUGAUGAUUUUUC